AUGAAGUGCGUCCUCUUAGGUUGCGCUCACUUCUGUGCAGCACUUCUGUGUUUUAGUCUCAUCAGCUUCCCUUUGACUGAUGGGACUCCUUCGAGGUAUAGUCUGUUCCAAGGCAGUGCUUAUUCCAGCUCUGCUUCGAGACAACGAAGCAAAAACUGGUGUGCUUUUGUGGUGCAUAAGAACGUGACAUGCGCUGUGCUGGCGGCGAACGAAAACGUCAUGGAGCCGCAGCUCCUGCCCUGUCCGCCGAAUCAGCCCGACUGCACACAGCGGCUCAUGUAUCAUUCUCACAUGAGGCCCAUGUACAAAAUAGGCCACAAACAAGUGACUGAACUGGAAUGGAGGUGCUGUCCAGGAUAUCAAGGUCAUGACUGUACCGAGCUGAAAAAUACCCCACAGAAAAUCAGUGUUGUUGAGGAACCACAUCAAGAUGUUCUUUCAAGCAUCAACCAACAACAGAGCAUCCUGGGACCAGAAGUGUUCUCCGAGACACAUCCAUGGUCUCAACCCGGGCAGAAAGGACAUCAUAGCCGUCAACUGGGAGAUUAUGGAGAUCGUCAACACGAGAGUCAACGAGUUCAGGCAUUAGAAGAAGAAGUGGAGCGUCUUUCUCAGACUGUACUCGGCCUGCAAGCCACGACGGCAGCCAAUGCAAACCUACGGCUAGAUUUACAGGAAGAUGUUACCAAAUUCGUUCUAAACAUGUUGGGGAAUUUGCAACAGCCACAGGAUGUCAAAGCGGGUGGAAUCGAGAGCAUUACGCUCCCAUAUGACCUCCGUUCAUCACCAGGCACUGAUGAACUCCAGAACCAUAUUACCCAGCUUUCCGACACCAUCGGUACCAACACUAAUAGCAUCCGAGAUCUGCAGAUGAGGAUCCAGAACAUUGAUGGACAGAUGCAUCGAUUAACAGAAGCAAGCAAUACUAGACCGCUUCAACCUUCCUCGACAGGUGCAACCAAUGAGUGUCCAUGUCAGGCAUACAUCGAUGAGAAGCUUUCAGCCCUUCGUGAGGAGCUUCUUCAAGGAAUGGACAUCAAAAUAGCAGACAUGAAGAAUGCAUGCAACUACAAAGUGCUGUCUGUUCAAGAACAGUGUGAGGAACAAGAAACCUCUUACUUGAGCUUGGCCGAGCUCCUUGACUCCAAAGAGACUGAACUCCGCAAAGAGAUCCAAGACUUGCGUCUCCAGCUUCCUAAUGGAAAAACCCAAGAGUUGGACAAUGCUGAGGUCCAGAAGCUCAAGGACACCCGACAGAUACUCCAAGAUGCCAUUAGGGAGCAGAAUGCCACCAUUGCACAGAUAAAUGCACAAGGGAACGCUCUGGAGGCAAGGGUUAGUCUUGCAGAAAGGAGUGCAGAUGUACAUUGCCUCUAUCUUGAGGAGAAACUGAGAAGGGAAAGACUUAAGGAAGAGGAAGACCAAAGAAUAACUUUUGAAGAGAAGUUCAGUGGUGUUCAAUGUGACAAUAGCACUUCUCAGCUACUCUUAGGUCAUGAUCAGCGCCUGGAAGUCUUGGAGAAACACACGCAGCACCUGCAGGACGAGGUGGGCUCUCUUAAGAGGGAUCUCAAUCAGUCCAUAAGUUUUGAAACGCUCCUGCAACGGGUGGAAAAUCUAGAGGUGGAUUCUGGGCAAAGCCAAGAGCAAGUGAGGACAAUGAAUGGCUUGCUUGAUGGGCUUGAUGGACGCGUGGCUAGCAUUGACGGCGUUUGUGGUCGGUUUGAGCCAAUGUCAGACAGUCUCAAACGAAUUAAAGAUGGACUGAACAAACACGUCAAUGGCUUGUGGACUUGCGUCCGUCAGCUGAACAGUACAGUACUCGCACAUACAAGAGACAUUAACAUGUUUAAAGCAAAUUCACACCUCUCAAAAGACGGCCAGGAUGGGAUCACUGAUGCACCUACAGGUGUUCCUGACGGUACAGCGGCUGUAAAAGUUUCCACGGAGGUAGGUCAACCACUCCCAUCGCUGGCGUCUGGGGAAGCAGCAACUCGAGUAACCAAAGUCUCGUCUCACACCCCUCAGGGGAUCAAUGGGAGCAUGCCGUCCAUUACAGGCUAUGCAGGAGCUCCAGGUUACCCAGGAAUUCCUGCUGCCGCUCUCAGUCCAGAUUCCGUUUCUGCACAGAUUCCACUGAAGACAGUUCAAACGGCCACAGGAGUAAUGACCUAUGUGUCAUUUUCGGCUGGUCUGACACUCGUGCCAUUCCCUGGAGAAAUCGGUGUCAUCCGAUUCAACAAUGUUCUGUUAAAUGAUGGAAGACACUAUGACCCACAAACAGGUGUGUUCACUGUGCCCAUGGACGGACGGUACCUGCUGAGCGCUGUAUUAACAGCUCAAGCAGGAGAAAGAGUCGAGGCCUUUCUCUCAGUAGCCAAUCGUAACAUCCAGAAGCUUUCCACUGCUGGAAUGGGUGGCAGAUACACUCAGGACUGCGACUGUGGAGGGAGCGUCUCUGUAAGUCUCGCUGUUCAUCUGAAGCGGGGCCAGAGGACGGGACUGGUGCUCACAUCAGGGAAACUGGCUAUUUCAGCAUCCAGUGAAAUCCUGUCCUCAUUCAGUGGAGUUCUGCUUUACCCAACAGUAGGCAAGCGAUAACCCACAGCCAACGGCAAACAUUACAGGGAUAGUUAACCAUAAAAUGACAAUUCUGUCAUCAUUUACUCACCCUUAAGUUGUU